UAUCCACAGGACCCCUGAAGCACGUUGAAAUGUUUACGGUGGAGGAGCGGUAGGCUGCGGAUUCAAAUAAGUGCGAAUAAACGAUUAUUAAAAUAAUCACUGAAUGUAUGACGAUGCGAAAGAAACAACGUAGACACACAAUGACCAAUAGUUGAAGCAUUAGCAGCCUUUUUUACGUUUGCUAAAUUUCAUUAGCAUUACAGGAAGCUGUCGGUGGCUGCAAACACGUUUAUAGGUUUGCUGUUUUUAUAGAUUAAAGUUGAGACAAACAUGGCAUCUUCAUUGGUAGUUCCAGUGAUUGAUGUCCAGAAUGAUAACCUCAAAGAGCUUUGGCCUGCUAUGGUUAUAGCUAUCAAAUCAUCUUCUUUUGUUGCAGUGGACACGGAACUGAGCGGUCUUGGAAACAGAAAAUCCCUGCUGGCUCAAUGUAUAGAAGAGAGAUAUAAAGCCAUCUGUCACGCUGCCCGCUCUCGCUCCAUCCUGUCUCUGGGAAUCAGCUGCUACAAGAAAGUGGAAAACAAGGCUGCAGACACGUACCUGGUCCAGGUGUAUAACAUCACCCUGCUGUGCUCAGAGGAGUACAUCAUAGAGCCUCAGUCAGUGCAGUUCCUGGUCCAGCACGGAUUCGACUUCAACAAGCAGUACGCACAUGGAAUCCCUUACUGGAAAGGCAACAAUAAGGGAGGAUCAGACGACCGGGGCGUGCACAUCAGGGCCUUAUUCACUGAACUGCUGCGGGCCAGGAAACCUCUGGUGCUCCACAACGGCCUCAUCGACAUGGCCUUUCUUUACCAGAGUUUUUACGCUCAUCUACCGGAUCGCUUGGCCACCUUCACGGCCGACCUAUCAGACAUGUUUCCUGCUGGAAUCUACGACACAAAAUAUGUCACAGAGUUUGAGCUCCGCCUCACCGCCUCCUAUCUGGAGUAUGCCUAUAAGAAAUGUAAGCUGGACAACAGUCGCAGUGUGACCUCCGGAGGCGUCGAGCCUCACGUCCACAUAGAGUUCUGUCAGUACGGGGGUCAGAUGUCCAGAUAUGUGGACUACAGGCCGUGUCCAGCUGUGGCUCCUCCUGAGGGGCAGACUAACAUCUGUCAACGCUUCUCUGCGUUCGGAUGGUGUCCAAAUGGCACAGAGUGUCCGUCGUCCCAUGACACCGACCUGAUCAUCCUCCAGGACGAGAAGAGCUCAGGGGACAAGAGGAAAAAGAGGAAGAGACAGAGAGAGAAGAAGAAAGGUGGAGGCAAGGCCCCGGACGCCUCAUCCAUCUUUGACGGCGCCCCCGAAAACAAAAUUCCCCACAUGGAGGUGGAUCCUGCAGAGACACCAGGUGAACAGCAGGGGGCCGAGCCUUUAAAUGACAAGGACGGAAACUCUGAACAGAAUGAAGAAGAAACCACGAGACGAGAUGGAGAUGGGAACGGAGCGUGUGACUCUGCAACAACCGCCACAACUUCUGACGACAUGAACACGACUGCAGACACAAAGGAAGGCGAGGAAAGCAAAACAAAAGAGGAAGAGAGAGAGAAGCCGAGUGAUCCAUCUCCAUCUCAGUCCAACAACCACAACAAGAACACAGACACAGGAACUCACCGGGCGGGCUUCGAUGCCUUCAUGACCGGCUACAUCUUUGCCUACUCUUGUUCACAAUUCAAGAAGGGCAGAGUGGGAGCUGUGGAGGGGAAGGUGCAGCAGCAGAAGGAGGAGGAGGAGGAGGAGGCGUUGCUUCCCUCUUGUCUUAAUAAGGUUUACCUGAGCGGCAAGGCAGCACCUCUCAACGUGGUCAAAAGCACCUUCUCCAAGUCUUCAAAGGCUCAUGUGCAGAAGAUGGAGACUGUGUGGGGGGACAGGGUGUAGGGUUCUCUCUUGGACACAGAACAUCGUGACUGUCGACAUGUGAAGUAGAUUUUUUUUAUAACAGGAGCUCUGUGGGUAGCAAUGUUGUUUUCAAGCAAAUGGAUUUUUUAAAUAUUGUACACCGACAUUCAAGUUUCCCAAGAUGGAGUACAAAAAAUGUCCAGAUGUUUUUUUCUUUAUUCCAUUAUGACGUUGACAUUUUUGAUAAAACAUCCAGGUAGAUUGAGACCCCCCCAUGACUUUCUUUUAGUAAUUUUUAGUUUAUGACACAAUACCUGCAGAAUUUAUACCGCUAGCUCAGCCUUGAAAGUAAUUUAUGUUAACUGCUAAUUAUUCACGAUUAGCAUGUUAGCAUUGAGUGACUUUGAGCCUGUUAGCAUGCUCAAAUGAGCUGUUCACACAAAGCACUGCAGAGCAUUUUUACAGUGUCACAGAGCUGCUAGCUUUCAUUUAGACUCUUAGUUGUUCAUGUCUGUAUGUUUAAGAGCAAUCGGCGAGUGAUGGGAUUUAUUGUUUGACAUUUUAAGAAUAAGGGACAACAUUAGGGGAAAUGGUCUUUUUUAUUUUCUGGGGGGGUUGUUCAGACUGAUUUAAGAAAACUCACAUUCACUUCAUUGAUUUGGAUCAGUUUUAAUCUCCCUUAAUGUUUUUAUGUUGUUUAUAACAGUCUUCUGUAGGUUCUGGAUGUACAAAUAAAUCAGCCAUAAAAGAUAUCGUGGUGAAUUCUGUGAAACCAACAAUUCAUUUUAAUGUAGAGGCACUUAAACUUAGUCAGCAAUUAGUUUUACCACAUAUCUUAAUGUGUCUGAUUUAGUGUAACAUCCUGUUUCUUAAGUUACCUCUUCAAAAUAUACUCAUGCUCUUUAACAAUCA